AACGCAAUGGCGUGUUGUCUAAGUGAGGAGGCGAAGGAGCAGAAGAGGAUCACCCAGGAAAUUGACAAGCAGCUGAAAAAAGAUAAAAAGGAUGCCAGGAAGGAACUCAAGUUACUUCUGCUAGGUACUGGAGAGUCAGGCAAGAGUACCUUCAUCAAGCAAAUGAGGAUCAUACAUGGCAGUGGAUAUUCUGAUGAUGACAAGAGGAGUUUUAUCAAAUUAGUGUAUCAAAAUAUUUUUAUGGCUAUUAAUUCGAUGAUUAGAGCUAUGGACAUGCUCAAGAUACCAUACAAAAAUCCCAGUAAUGAAGAGCACGCUCGAAUGGUUAAACAAGUUGAUUAUGAAACUGUGACAACAUUUGAACAACCUUAUGUUGAUGCUAUUAAAUCAUUGUGGCUCGAUUCAGGCAUACAAGAAUGUUAUGACAGACGCAGAGAAUAUCAGUUAACAGAUUCUGCUAAAUAUUACUUAGACUCAAUAGAUACGAUUGCAGCUGCAAACUACUUGCCCACACUGCAGGAUGUUCUGCGCGUCAGAGUGCCAACAACAGGCAUUAUCGAAUAUCCCUUCGACCUGGACAGUAUCAUUUUCAGAAUGGUGGAUGUUGGCGGUCAAAGGUCGGAACGUAGAAAAUGGAUUCACUGUUUUGAGUCAGUUACUUCAAUAAUGUUCCUCGUAGCCUUAAGUGAAUACGAUCAAUUGCUAGUCGAAUCAGACAGUGAGAAUCGAAUGGAAGAAUCAAAAGCUCUUUUCAAGACGAUUAUUAUGUAUCCGUGGUUUCAAAACUCGUCUGUUAUUUUAUUCCUCAACAAAAAAGAUUUGCUUGAGGACAAAAUUUUGUAUUCACAUCUGGUUGAUUAUUUUCCAGAAUUUGAUGGUCCUCAGAAGGAUGCUCAGGCAGCUCGUGAAUUCGUACUGAAGAUGUUCGUUGACUUGAAUCCUGACCCUGACAAGAUCAUAUAUUCCCACUUCACAUGUGCUACAGAUACGGAAAACAUAAGGUUCGUGUUUGCAGCUGUCAAAGAUACCAUACUCCAACUAAACCUUAAAGAAUAUAACUUAGUCUGAUUUCUUAUUUUUAUUUCAAUGUUGUUAAUGCAAAGAUCAAUAUAUAACAUUUUAUUCAUCAUUGUGUGAUUUACUGGUUGUUAUUGAUUUAAAAAAGCCAUUUCACGUGAUCUUUUCAAGAAUAUAAAUGUUGAAAUUAAAUUUAUAUUUUAUUGAUUGUAUACAAACAAGUUAUCGUUGAAAUGUUUUCUAAGAACACGGAUGUUUUAUUUGACGAUAAUCGUAAUUUUAUGAAUGUUU